AUGGCACGUACCAAGAAAGCCACUCCACCUUAUCGCUUUGGUCUGAAGCCAAUGCGAUUGUCUGGCCGGUUCAAUGUACUUGCACUGGACAUGGGGAUCCCUCCAUCGUGGCACGCUGGAGAAGAUAAUGCCCCCAAUGCCAAUGGCCGCAGUUAUGUUGACAUACCCUACGCCGAAUUAGGAGCUGUGCACCCUGAUGGCGUCAUUGUCGGUCCUACUGAAAGGUAUUACAAGUGCAGUGGUCAGUUUACAGCUGAUCUCAUGACGAUGGGAAUCGGCCUCAAGACUUCUGACUUACGUGAGAUUGGCAACGUGGAGCAGGAGCCUUAUCGUUCCAUGAAGUUGAAGAAAAAGGUAACACCCACGCAGAAGCACAUGGUUGAGGAAAUCAAGCGUCGUUGUAUUGUGGAUGGCCAUCUUGAACACCCAAAGUGCGGCCACUGGGACAAAAAGAAAUGUCUUGUCUGGCUCCAGAGGAAUCCACUCACCAAUGCAAGCGACAGGGCCUUUGUAAUUGCGGCAGAAAAGAAGCUCUUUGAUCUUGUGACAAGAGUCAGUCAGGAAAACUCGAAGGAAAAGACCAAGGCAACUGCUCCUUGGGUCACCGCAGAACCCUACAUCCGUCUGAUCGAGUGCAUGCUCAAUGACAGCAUCCGUCCACUGUUCAUGGAGAUGCACAGGAUGGGGGAAAGAGAUGACCUUGGAUUGUUCCUUCGAAAAGAUGCCAGGUGGUGCCAUCACCGCUGA